AUGACACGGGUGGUGAGAAAGGCGCUACUUGUUCAGCUUGUUUUUUUCUCUUUGUUAAAUGUCAUAAAAUGUGACACUCUGAUGGGAAUUCAUGAACCUGUUAAUAACAGAUUUUUGCAAAGCAAAAUUAAUGUCCUCACAUGGUUGACUAAUGUAAUAUACCCAUCUGAAACUCCCAAGUAUUUUAAAAAGCACUUGGAUUACAACAGACAAAUGACCAAUAUGUCAUAUGAAUGCCGAGAAUAUUUUUUGAAGCCAACUUACGAUAAAAUCGAUAUAAACGAUGGAUGGCUCCAAACGAAUAACUGGAAACUUGAUAAUGAAAAUUCAAUAAUAGAAUACAAUGGAAAAGAUAGUUGCCGGGAACCCGAUCAUCCCUUUCCAUUUGGAUGGCUAGAUAAUAGAAUGAGCACUCGAACAUCCUUAGUCAAAAAAGACUUUUUCUGCAAGAAAACUAUUGCCCAAUUAGAGAUCCAAAUAAACAAUGCAGAAUCCUGUGGAUUAAUUUUUCGAGUUCUCGGGGAACGUAAUUUUUGGGGGUUACUAAUUGAUAAUAAAAUUUUGAAGCUUAUUCGUGUGAAGGAUGGUGAAUUAUUGGUGUUGAAGGAAUUCAAGAAACUAAAAAUAAAAAAUGACGAUUGGUACGUUUUGUUUGUCCAAGAAAUUAUAAAAGAUAUAAAGAUUAAAGCUGGGAAUUAUGGAGAUCUAUCAGUUGACUAUCUCAGGAAAAGUGAAGAUGAAUCAGAGUACAGUACAGAUAAACAGGGUGCUUUUGGACUAUUAGCAAAUAGGGGAAAUUGCAAAUUCAGGAAUAUAGUACUACGUGGGAAGAAAUGGAGCACUGAAUAUGAAAAACUGAAAAAUGGAAAAGUCCCCUUAUUGUAUAAUCUGGAGGAAAUAGAAUCCCUAUACGAUAAUGUUAAAGAUUGGUGCCCUCAGGCAUCUUUAUGCUCAAAAAAUAAAUAUGAAAUUGUUGACAGUUAG